AUGGCUAAGCUAGCAGCGCCGGCGAGAGAUGAAAUGAUACAGGACAUAACAAAAUUAACUGACACAGUUGAUAUAUUCCGUGCCAUCUUAGAGACUCUGGAAGUUUUGAAACUGGACUUGGCAAACACCCUGAUUGCAAUGAUACGGCCACACGUGCAGAAGGAGAGCGUGCAAUAUGAACGGGCGAAAUUCGACGAGCUACUCAAAGUGUCAGAGGAUGGUCUACAGUACACUAAGGAAUGGUUACAACGAAACAUUGACAAGACCGGUCUGAGUAUACCGGUUACCGACCCGAACAUAAUACGAAACGUUACUGCGCAGACAUUAGCAAAAGCUUAUUUGGAGCUGUUGGAGUGGGACAGCACCAAGAACUAUCCAGAGACAGUGGCGCUGGACUCCUCCCGUUUCUCUGAACUGGGCACCCAGGUGUACCGUCUGAUCUGCGUGGCCUCGAUCAUGCUGGUCAGCCCCUCCUGUGGCAACGACGCAUCCUCAACCGCCCAGAAGCAACAGCUCAAAGAGAAGGUCGUCAUUAUACUAGACAACGCGUCCAACGACAUAGAAUUGAAAUCAAUACUGCCGUCUGUAGCUGAGGAGGUAAUAGCGUUCACCGACCAACUGCUCGAAGGGAUGGACCAGGACGGGCUGAGCGCGGAUACAAAGGAACUCAUAAGGACCCAGAUCGUGUCCCUUGGGGACCCGGAGCACAGAGUCCGACAAAUUGUCCGCCAGAGGAUCCUGGAGUUCCUGAAGAUGAUACUGGUGUGCGCUGGUGGGUCCCGCCAGAUCCCAGUGGGGCUGUCGCUGGUCACCAAAGAGCUGACGGCCGCCUCAGGCACCUUGCUCCGCUACGUGAUGCACAACAAGGCGGUCUUCACCAACCACUACCUCGAUAUCGUCGCGGCCGAGCUGAGUAAACCU